AAUUGCCGAUUUUCGGGUUGUUCGUUGUUCACAGUUGCUCCAAGUUGUUCAUAACUGUUUGUAACGGUUGUUGGUGACUUGGUGAUGCGUUGGCAAUCUUAGCGUCUGGAAUUCGUCUGACAUUGCUGACAAUCAGAAAAGUGUUUUAUAACCUCUUCGACGAUCGGUCAAUUUCAACCAAAACUUGACUGAUGUUUGCCUGGAUCUGUACUUAAAACUGAAGUAAAAUAAACCCUAUGGUUAAUGAGCAAUGGGCGGACAGAAAUUUCAGUAUGACGAGAGUGGUGGAACAUUUUUCUACUUCCUUCUCUCAUUUUUGGCACUACUUUUGGUACCUGCAACUUAUUACCUGUGGCCACGUUGCUCCAAACCAGAUCCAAACCAGUUGGCAAAAGAGUGUUUCUGCGAUGGGUGUAAAAAGAAAAAGAAAAUAUUGCAGUCGAACGAUCCUUGGAAGGAGACAAGGGCACUUUUUAAAAAAUUUCUUAUACUAUUAGGAUGGAUUACGUUACUCUUUUUGACCUAUAAAGUUAACCAAUUCGACUAUGAAAUGUCAAAUUUCGAUCCCUUCGAAAUCCUCGGUGUUUCAUCGGGAUCGUCACAAGGAGAAAUAAAGAAAGCAUAUCGCAAACUGUCACUGAUUUUGCAUCCAGACAAAGAAACAGGAAAUGAAAAGGCUUUCAUGAAAUUGACAAAAGCGUAUCAGGCCUUGACGGACGAUGAGGCGCGAAAGAAUUGGGAAAAAUACGGUAACCCAGAUGGUCCGGGUGCAAUGAGUUUCGGAAUAGCCUUGCCAUCCUGGAUUGUCGAAAAGGAGAAUUCAGUUUGGGUCUUGGGGUUGUAUGCCCUCGUUUUUAUGGUCGCUUUACCAACUAUUGUUGGGAUGUGGUGGUACAGAAGCAUUCGCUAUACUGGAGACCAAGUCCUGCUGUCAACAACGGAGCUCUACUAUUCGUUUUUCUAUCACACACCGACAAUGUCAAUGAAGAGGAUAAUUAUGGUUCUUGGUGCUUCCUUCGAAUUCUCAAAAAGAUUCAAUACCGAAAUCGUCGAGAGGCUUUCUGAUAAUGAAGAAGUUCCUACACUCAUUAAGCAAUUAAGUGAUCUACGAGAAAAGAACAAAGAGGCGCCACUCUGCCAUUUAUAUUCUAUCAAAGCAAGAGCAAUACUUCACGCUCAUUUAUCAAGAAUUCCCCUUAAUCCGGAAACUCUGGAAAAAGAUAGACAGUAUAUUAUUAAGAAAUGUCCGUACCUCGUUCAGGAAAUGAUUUCCUGUGUAAAUCAACUGGUUAUUUUGGCAUAUGCUAGACGAAUCGCUCAUCUGCCGACUAUUGAGACAAUUGAAAAUUGCAUGAAGCUCUGUCCGAUGAUAGUGCAAGGAUUCUGGGAAAACAAAAAUCCGCUUCUUCAACUUCCUCAUAUAAAAGAAGAACAUCUCAAACAUUUCUUAGCUAAAAAGCGACAAAUCAAAAGUCUCCAGCAGCUAGCACAACUGAAGGGAGAAGAUAGGAGACAAUUGUUAAGAAAUUUAACAGAAAGUGAAUACAACGAUGUGAUGAAAGUUCUCGGCAGCUUUCCCUUUGUCGAGUUCCAAGUGCAUGCCGAAGUUAUUGAUGAUGAGAAUCCGACAGUUUACACGGCGGGUGCCGUUGUGACAGUGACUGUAAUGCUGAUUCGCAAAGAUAUGAAGCAUCUGUUUGGAGACGAGUCCGUGAAAGAGCAGACGAUAAUAGACGAUGCCAAAGUGGACGGUGUCAAAGAGAAAGAGCCGUCCGAAGAACAGAGUCAAACUGUCAAGCGACCGGCUUGGCUGAAGCAGCAGAAGGGACAGAAAAAGUCCCACAAUAAGAAAGGUAGUAAUAAGAAAGUAGGUAAAGCAGCCGCGUCGCAGGAAAAGGCUCAGGGUGAAAAUCAGACGAGUCAGGCGGAUAAUACGCCCAAUGCGAGAAAGAAGAGUGAAAAUAAGGCGGCUAAGGAGUCCUCGAAAGAGAAAAAUUCUGAUGCCAGCGACAGUGAGGCUGAGAGUGAUAGAAGCGAGGAGGAGGAAAGUUCCCAUGAGAAGAAAGACUCAACUGUCGAUGAUGAUGACAUGGAGUGGGAAAGGUUUCAGCAGAGGUCGAAGAAAAGGGAGAAAGUUUUGGAGGGUAGGAGUAAUUUGUCUCAUGAAGUGCACUGUCCCCUCUUUCCUGAUAUCAAGCAGGAAUACUGGUGGGUUUAUAUUUGCGACAGGAAGAGUCGCUCUUUAUUGACAGCACCAGUUCAUAUUACUUCCUUAGUCGACACCGAAGAAAUUCAGGUCCGAUUUACGGCUCCUCGGUGGCCGAAUCUUUAUACAUUCACAGUUUGUCUGCGCAGCGACUCUUACCUCGGAUUCGACCAAGCGCAGGAUAUCAAGCUGGACGUGAAAGAAGCGCCAGAGGUGCCAAUUGAGCAUCCUCAAUGGGACAUGUCUGACGAGGAAUCGGCAGAGGACGAGAACGCCGCCGACGAACAUUCCGAGUUCACAACCGACGAGGACAUCAGUGACAAUGAAUAAAUUAACAAAUAAAUAAAUUAUUAACUAGAAUUCGUCGGGAUUCAAAUGUGAUUGGGAGUUUCCAUUUGGAGAGUGUGGAUUUUUAUGUUUCUACUCCUGAUAUUAGACUGCAAGGGUGUUUUCUAUGUCGAACAAUAGUGCAUAAUUUGUGCAUAAUAAUAUGUGAGAGUAGUGCAGUAAUAUAUUUACAGAACUUCGCAGUGAGGAAGGUCAUUAAUCGUAAAUGAAGAAUAUGAUAUUUAUUUUAACAUUGUUGCUCGAUUAUUGAUCCUAGAAACUAUCUGUGCACAACUUUUUAAUAAAAUGAAAUUGUCUAUACGUUUAAA